UAUUCAUCUCCGGUCAGUCACAGAGCACGAGACCAGACUAUAACCCGCCACACACGCUGGAAACUUAAACAGUUAAACGUAAACUGAGUUACACAAACUUCAACUAUAACUUCGUUAUAUAUCCUGGAGAUGUAGGCUACAUGGAGUUUUUCCCGUGCAUUGCCAAUGAAGUGAGUUCAUGAAGAGCAAUUUUUUUUGUUCCUGUACAAGGACUACAAGAACUACAUUUGCUGGCAUGAGAGGAAUGGCUUGAAGCGAAACAAGAGAUUUGCUGAAGAAUGCACUGAAGUGGAAUCAAAUGAAGAUUUCUGUCUGCACGUGUUCUUCAAUAAAAGAUGAAUACGCGGUCAGUGUAAUAGUGUUGGGCAGCUGCCAGCUGUCUGGGUCAGACACGUUUCAGACUCGAGCUGCUGUCUGGAAGAAACUCAUGAAUGCUCGUCUGCACAGUUUCGGCUUCAGCUUCUACAGCGAUAGUAAGAGAAGACACACAUGCAAAACGAGCUGACAUACAGGAUAUAUCUGCUGGAACUGGACGGCUCUCCUGGAGCUUAGAGAGAAAAGGCGGCGUUUGAUUUGAUGUUCAUCCGGCAAACAAAUGGAUCGUUUGGGACAAGCUCCUUAUAUAGAUCUGCUGCUUCAGAAUAACAUGAAGAGAAUUCGUAUGGAUUCUUGCCCUGCACAUGGCUGACAAAUGUGCAUGAUCCAGUCACCUUUUAGAAGUCAUUUAAACCUGGGAUUAAGUGUGGACUGAGAUUCAAAUGUGUCGAGAAUGCUUGUCACGGAUAUGUUAUGGUGCAAAGCUGGAUUGAUCAUAUCGCUUUAAUCCACUUGUCGCUUCCCCCCACUCCAUGUCAGUUCUUCCCUAAAUUAUGGACAUUUUUUGGAAGACGCUGACUUGGAUAUUUAGCCUGGUCUUGGCCGCUGCUGAAGCUCAGAUCCUUUCAUACAACUCUCAAGCGGAAUUCCUGUCCACGCUGGAGCACUACCAGUUAACAGUACCAGUGCGGGUGAAUGAGAGGGGCCAGUUCAUGAGUUACACUGUGAAGCAUUACAGGCCUGGUCGACGGCGACGUGGACUGGACCAGACUGAGCUGGACCACACUGUGACCAGGCUUUUUUACAAACUCUCAGCCUACGGCAAGCACUUUCACCUGAACCUGACACUCAACCCAAACCUGGUUUCUAAACAUUUCACAGUAGAGUACUGGGGCAAAGACGGACUAGACUGGCAGCAUUCAGUGGUCGAUAACUGCCACUAUGUUGGAUACCUACUGGAUCGAUAUAGUACUACAAAAGUGGCAUUGAGCAACUGCAAAGGCUUGCAUGGUGUCAUAACCACAGAGGAUGAGCAAUUUUUAAUUGAGCCAUUAAAAAAUAUAUCCAGAAAUUUCAGUGAUGUCGACCACGAAGGACAACCACAUGUUAUUUAUAAAAAGACUUCCAUUCAUUCUCUGCAAGAGCCAAGCGAGGAGCUCCACUGUGGUGUUUCAGACCUCACAAUAAACCGGACACCCAGCUACAAUACCAAUCCUGAAGCAAACACACCUUACCCAGCCACGGAUGAUGACAUCUCGAUGGGUGGCCACCGCCAGCGGCGCUCUGUCAGCUCUGAACGCUUUGUGGAGACUUUAGUGGUGGCGGAUAAAAUGAUGGUUGGCUAUCACGGUCGCAAAGACAUCGAGCACUACAUCCUUUCCGUAAUGAAUAUUGUUGCCAAACUUUAUCGUGAUGCCAGUCUUGGAAACGUUGUGAACAUUAUUGUAACCCGACUGAUUGUUCUGACAGAAGAUCAGUCCGACUUGGAGAUAAACCACCAUGCAGACAAAUCUCUAGACAGCUUCUGUAAGUGGCAGAAAUCCAUUCUUUCUCAUCAUGAAGAUGGAAACAGUAUCCCAGAGAACAGGAUCGCCCAUCACGACAAUGCUGUUCUCAUUACAAGGUAUGACAUCUGCACCUAUAAGAACAAACCCUGCGGUACUCUCGGUUUGGCAUCCGUAGCAGGAAUGUGUGAGCCAGAGAGGAGCUGUAGUAUUAAUGAAGAUAUAGGCCUUGGUUCUGCCUUUACCAUUGCACAUGAGAUCGGACACAAUUUCGGCAUGAACCAUGAUGGGAUUGGGAACUCCUGCGGGACCAAAGGUCAUGAGACAGCUAAGCUGAUGGCGGCCCAUAUCACAGCCAACACCAACCCCUUCUCCUGGUCAGCCUGCAGCAAGGACUAUAUCACAAGUUUUUUGGACUCAGGUCGGGGGACGUGUCUGGACAAUGAGCCUCUGAAACGAGACUUCCUGUACCCCACUGUGGCUCCAGGGCAGGUGUACGAUGCAGAUGAGCAGUGUCGUUUCCAGUACGGCGCCUCCUCCCGUCAGUGCAAAUAUGGGGAAGUGUGUAGAGAGCUCUGGUGCCUUAGCAAAAGUAACCGCUGUGUCACCAACAGUAUCCCCGCCGCAGAAGGAACCCUGUGCCAGACCAGCACCAUUGAAAAGGGGUGGUGUUCUCAGGGUGAAUGUGUGGCGUUUGGGACGUGGCCGCAGAGUGUGGACGGAACCUGGGGACCUUGGACCUCCUGGGGCGAGUGCAGUCGUACCUGCGGCGGCGGCGUCUCCUCAUCCAUGAGACACUGUGACAGCCCAGCACCGACAGGUGGAGGGAAGUACUGUCUCGGAGAAAGGAAACGCUACAGAUCGUGUAACACUGAUGCUUGUCCAGCAGGAUCACGUGACUUUAGGGAGAAGCAGUGUGCUGAUUUUGACAGCAUGUCUUUCCGUGGGAAGUACUACAUCUGGAAGCCGUACACUGGAGGUGGAGUGAAGCCAUGUGCGUUGAACUGUCUGGCUGAGGGCUACAACUUCUACACCGAACGCUCGCCCGCUGUCAUCGAUGGCACGCGCUGCCAGACCGACUCGCUGGACAUAUGCAUCAAUGGAGAGUGCAAACAUGUUGGCUGUGAUAACAUCCUGGGCUCGGAUGCCAAGGAGGACAGAUGCCGUGUUUGCGGUGGGGACGGCAGUACCUGUGAGGUCACCGAAGGGCUGUUCAAUGAUUCGCUUCCCAGAGGAGGUUAUAUGGAGGUUGUCCAGAUACCAAAAGGAUCGGUUCAUAUUGAAAUCAGGGAAGUGGCCGUGUCAAAGAACUACAUCGCUUUGAAAUCAGAGGGGGAUGACUAUUACAUCAACGGAGCCUGGACCAUCGACUGGCCCCGCAAAUUUGACAUUGCAGGAACAGCCUUUCACUACAAGAGGCCGACUGAUGAACCCGAGUCAAUGGAAGCUCUAGGGGCCACCACUGAAAAGUUGGUGGUUAUGGUGUUACUACAGGAACAAAACCUGGGCAUCCACUACAAGUUCAAUGUGCCGAUCCAGCGUACAGGAAGUGGGGACAAUGAAGUGGGCUUCUCCUGGCACCAUCUGCCCUGGUCUGAGUGCUCUGCAACAUGUGCAGGAGGCUUACAGAAGCAGGAGGUGGUUUGUAAAAGACUGGACGAUGGUUCGGUGGUCCAAAACAGCUACUGUGACCCGGACAGCAAACCGCCAGGGAAUCAGCGACCUUGCAACACUGAGACUUGUCCUCCGGAGUGGUUAAUCGGUGACUGGUCAGAAUGUGGGAAAACCUGUGAUGGAGGCAUCCGAACACGCACUGUUUUAUGUAUCCGUAAAAUCGGACCUGCUGAGGAGGAGUCUCUGGUGGACAGCCACUGUCUGACCCAUCGGCCAAUAGAACAAGAGUCCUGCAACAAUCAGUCCUGUCCGCCCCAGUGGGUGACGCUGGACUGGUCUGAGUGUACCCCAAAGUGUGGCCCUGGCUUCAAGCACCGCAUUGUUCUGUGUAAAAGUAGUGACCUGACCAAAACCUUCCCACCAGCCCUCUGUUCUGACCAAAACAAACCUCCAGUCCGUAUUCGCUGCAGCCUAGGACGCUGUCUGCCACCACGCUGGAUCCCUGGAGAAUGGGAACAGUGCUCUGCUCAGUGUGGACUAGGACAGCAGAUGCGGACGGUUCAGUGUCUGUCGUAUACAGGACAGCCCUCCACCGAAUGUCCAGAGUCACUACGGCCCAACAUCAUGCAGCAGUGUGAAAGCAAGUGUGACGCUACACCCAUCUCUGGUGGCGACGAGUGCAAAGACGUAAAUAAGGUGGCAUAUUGCCCGUUGGUGCUGAAGUUCAAGUUCUGCAGCCGUGCUUACUUCAGGCAGAUGUGCUGCAAGACAUGCCAAGGACACUGAGCCCGCAGAGACAACAAGGAAAGAGAGAAAACUGGCAGGGAGACAGCGAGAAAUGUCAAUGCUGGACACAGAGAAGGAAGCCUCUCUCUCUCACUAAUCAACACACACACACACACACAACUGCUUUUAGCCCUGUGGAACCCAAACCACUGCUCAGCACUGCGCUGAAACCUGUCUUAUUUUCACUUCUGUGAAGUGGGAAUGUAUAAAAUGAUCAUUAUUGUUGUUAUUUUUAUAAUAAUGAUAAUAAUUGCUCUUGGUUAUUAUUAUUAUUAUUAUCAAUGUCUUUUUGUUGUUAUAAUCCAAAGUGCUGGACACAACACUCACAGAAGUAGCACGGCAGAGGUUUACUGUAUUUCAAGGUGCCCACCUAAGAGAGUUUGGGACAUUGGUAUAUCCCUGGGUCUUGCUUACACACUCCUAACAUGGUUCUGUUUGUAACGCUGCAUUCAGGGGCAUUCAAACCAUUAAUGUUUGCUCACAUUGGCAGCAUCGGAUUGAUUGGAGGUAAUUUGUUUUCAAUAAGAGUUGGCGGUUUGAGGCAACAUAAGCAUCAGAUACUGUUGGUGGCAUGCCAAAAUAUCGCUACCAACAACAAGCGUGCAGACACCAUCAUUUACGUGAUCCAGCAUCUGAUACAUUUGUAUACAGCAGGCCAAAAGGAACACUUCCAAGCAACGGAUAGUACUGAGACUUGGUGACUGCAAUGUGAAUGCCCCUUUAGGGUUAAAAAUAAAUAAAUAAAAUCCAAAUUUGUCACCCAAAUGAAACUUUUCGCUCCUAAAAACAAAGUAUAAGUCAGGGGUAGAGCUGUCAAAAUGGAUGAAAAACUAAUUUCAAAAUUUUGAGCUUAAAUAUUAUUACAAUUUGAAUUAGAUUUGAAUUUAAAAUGCAUAAUUUCAGUUAAGUUAAAGAAAAGCUAUUGCCUGUCUCCUGACGCCACAAGUCGCAGGGCGCAUCGAGCAGAAGAUAACAUGACUAUCCGUGAAAAAAAGUGCAUAAAUGUUUCAAACCAAUUAUAAUUAAUUAAGUUGCUUAAACAAUUAUAAACAAAACAGCAUCAUGUAUGUAUUCAUACAAAGGACUGAAAUCCAAUUACAUUUUUCAUUUAAAACAAGCUGAAGUGGGAUGGGGGAAAAAAAACACCUCCAUUAAAUCUUGAGAUAUGUUUUUUUUUUUUUUUACUUGGAUUAAUUUUACAUGGCUUUCUAAACAUGCAGAUCUCUUAUGUGAGAAGUGUGUGCAAUGAUAAAAUGCAAUGACACUUACAUCGCCAUCGCAUCUUGUGCGCCACUGAUAAGGCUGCCUUCCUAACGCACACCUAAAAUUCUAAUGCAGCGUUUUUGCAUUUGAAUGUGGAUUUUUAUCUUAAAAUCAACGAAUAGUCGAAAUCCAAUUUUUUUUUUUUUUUUUGACAGCCCUAAUCAGGGGUAACCUGUCCUGCUCCUGGAGAGCUAUGUACCUUCCUGCAGUCUUCAACCUGCUCCUACAGACCUGGCUGUUAUUUUAAUUAAACUCUGCAGGUGGUAUAGACUUACUUGCCGUUUGAUUGAAAGUAUAGACUGGGAGUGUCCAAUCCUGCUCCUUUAAGGGUCAGUAUCCUACAGAGUUUAGCAGCAACUUAGCAUAGCAGCUGAACUCUGGCUUUGCUUCACUUUGCUUUUAGUUUAACACUUGCAAACUUCUCUAAGCACUUCCCAGCUGCUACUGCCAUAUUGAAGUGCAUUCGACUUUGUGAAGUUGACAUGGGAAGUUUAUAUAGACCAGGGAGGUCCAAUCCUGCUACUGGAAGGCUGAGUUUGGACAUCCCUGAUAUUACCCCUUGACCCCUUCGAUUUUUAUUAAGGGUGUUAAUAUACUUCAUAAGUACCCUUCGGCAGCUCCAUAUACCACAAUGAAACAUGAUUGUGACCUCACCAUACAUAGUUUAAUUUGCCCCCACCCCAAACAACUCUAUGACAUAAUAAUAAUUUUUAUUACAGCCCAAACAUACCUGUAGACAUAUAGAAUGCUUCUUCAAACUAAUUUGUAAAGGAAAACAUUUAAAUAAUAAAUCAACUCCAUAGUGGAUUCCAAGUGAGGUUUCCACCAGUUGUGGGGACUCGUGCAACAUAAUCAAUGACGUACAUCCGAUUCAAUGAGAUGAAGAGAAGUUAGUGAGGGAAGAGCAUAGAAAACAAAUUGUAGGGCCAUUGUAGGACAGUGGCACUCAAGGAGCAGGAUUAGACACCCCUGGUUUAGAUAUGUACAUUUAUACACUUGGCAGCCACUUUUAUCCAGAGCGACUUGCACUGCAUUCAGUCCUAGUUGUUUUGACAAUAACUUUUAAAAGUAAGAUGCCAGGGCCAAAGACAAACAGGGUAGUGUGAUUGGGUGCUUUGGUGUUGAAUUCGUGCAGAAGAAAUCUAAAUUAUAGCUUCAGAGUCCAAAUGUUCAGUUGAUUUAGCCACCUGUUUUACUGAGCUGAAUCACAUGACCACAGGCCAAAGAAUUCCACCAUUGUCUGACACUCGAACAAGGCCUGGAAAUCAGAUCAGUUUCAAAGGAAGGUUUCUACUAUUGCAUCUGUUGAAUUAUUGUGGACAGCAGAGAGACAUUAAUUGCGAUUCUGAAGUGAUUCUGCUUUAGGGAUCCGUAUUCUGCUUUAAAUUCUGGGGUUCUGACAUUUAGGCAUCUGCCGGGGACCAGCAUGUUCCAGACACAAUCAUUUUCACAUAAAAUGCGUGCUGCAGCCACACUCCGUCACAUCAUCAGUAGAAUACACUGACAAUUCAUCAAGACAGGGAUCACUUGCUUGGAGAUCUCCAGAUCUGUGAUGCCGAUGCAUUAGUAAAGUUUAGUAAAGGGCCAGUGCCUGGGUAACCUGCCAAACCCCAUAGAUCCGGUCUGCCAUUGACUACCUCCAAAACACCCUUCUUCCUCCUUCCCCGUGAUCACAGUGCUUCCAGCCCACACUCUUAAACCCUCCACACUCAAUGGUGCUUUUCUUUCCUCAAAGAAGGACUAUUUGUUCCACUGCACUUCUUCUGUUCAUCUUUUGAGUUGGCGGCUCUUCUGGCCCCAUGGUGCUAUAAGACCUUGAUGCAACCUGGCUAUGCAGUCUGACAGAAAAACCAAGAAUACUUUAGCUCUGUUCCAAAUCCUUGUGAGCUCCCUACAUAUAUAAUGCAUCAUAGACUCGUUAUAGAGGUCAUUCCAAAAAGUAGGCUGUGGGCAGUAUCGUUUUAUUUAUUUUAACAGAUUCAAAGGUGGAAUCACACUUUCACAAUCCCAGAAUACAGUGCUCAAUUGCAGACAAAGUGAAAAAUGUGUACUGUGCAUUUUUAUGCGUGUUGGACUAUUGUGUCAUUAGCUUAGCCACAUGCUACUGGAAUCAAUUUUGAGUCAUGUUUACUGUGCACUUUACGAAUGCUAGUUGAUGGGGUUGCUGCCUACGUAGUGUUUCAAAUUAGUAAAUAGGUUCUAUUCUAGUUAUGAUGCUGCUUUAGGCCUGAAAUAUACUCUACACAACCACAAAUGCAAACUUCUAGCUAUACCGGAUUUAUGAAAUGUGUUAGACCACGUUGCAUUCUUAGCAUUGCCACAAGUGGUGCUAUAUUGCGCAUUAAUGUAAAAUAUUGUCUUCUAGAGUCAGCCUCUUCAGAUCAACUACUGUCAUGGUGGAGUAACAGAGAAAAAUCUCUUAAUGGUCAUGCUUCUAGCUGAAAGGAUGAGUUUGGUGAGGUUUUCAGAGCAACUCAAGACCACACGUUUGCAUACUUACCUAAGCCAUGUUUUUUAACAUGGAAUGAAACCAACUAAGAUAUAGAAAAGAAGCUCACUGGGUUUUGGAACAUAGCUUUUUUCUCUUUCUUUAUGUCAUUUUACCUCACAUUGGUUUAAUUUUGUCCAUCAACUACAUGUUGCAUUUUUCCAUCAUCCAUGAGAGACUUUACCCUGCUCUCUCUUAGCUAAGGGAACAUCAAAUUAUAGAGCAUUGGGGGACCUCAAUUUUAGAUCUCACCUGUGUUAUGGGACCCAAUCGAUUAUUGUUAUCAAGGAAUUAUGGGACAUUUUUAUGAUUUUAAUCAUACAACCAUUCUACUUUUGCUGCUGCUACUCUUUUGUAGCCACAAACACAAUUAAUUGAUUAUGUAUUGGGAAAUGGUUAUACUGGGAUCAUUCUACAGUGAACAGUGAACAGCAGAACUGUAGGCCCAACAUGCUGAGCAUUCUGAUAUUGUGCUUGAUGUACAAGUUUACUGGCUUUGGGACAAGGACUCUCAAUAAGACUCAAUGAAACUGGUACUGGUCGCUGUGAACUUGUGUCUUUGAAUGUCACAUUGUUUAACCUGUACCUAUAGAAGAGAGUUUUGAUUUUUUGUAAAUAGUUGCUUACAUUUUAUAUUCAGUAUUAUUAACGUUGGUACACUGUUACGAAUUUUUAUUUUCCGUAAGUUAUAUGCUAAUUUAUUGCCAUGUGUCACUUGUUUUAUGUAUGUUUCACUGCAUACAAACUGAAAUCAUGUCUAGUGAAAAUAAUGCAGUGGAAUAACACCCUUUUAAUCUUGUUUUACGCUUGGUAAAAUGUGAGUUUGAAUGUGUCUUAUUUGCUACUAAAGCACUCUUAAAACUACGUCAGAAUGCUUUUGUGUGAGUCUGUGCGUUUGUGUGUGUGUGUAUGCUAGUAUGGCAUUACUGCACUGUCUCUCGAGUACCAGUGCUCACAAAAAUAAUAAUAAUAAAUAAUGGUGUCAAAGGGUAAGGACAGAAAUAUUCCCAUAGUAACUUCAACAUUCUCAGUCCUUUGGUUUGUACUCUUGCUGAAUCCAACAUGUAAUGGAUCUUGAAUAAAAUGACUUUAAAA